AUGCCUGUCAUUCCUGAAUCUUCGGACUUCCCAUCUGUGCUCAAAAGGGAGACAACGAGUCUGAGAAGAAAUCAAAGGAAGACACCCAGAAGGCGUCUGCUCAAGACUUCUUGUCCAAGGGCCCUCAUAUUCCAGAUAGUAUACAUGCCCCCCAAGGCUUCAAAGGAAGAGCUUGAGGCUCGUAUGAAGGAACUGAACAAGUGA